AUGUCGAUUCGUUCGAUUAUUGGGAUCAUAAUCUUCUGGUCCAUUAUUUGUACUCAUCGACUCAUAUUUUACGAGAUCAAAGGAACUAUAUGUGGUAUUGUAACCAGCUUUGGAGCGGCACUCUACCAUGCUCUCUAUGUUACUAUAGGAGGUGGUAUUCUUCCGGCAGGAAUUAUGAUUGGAUGUGCUCUUCUUAUCCGUCGUAAUCUCGCUCGCAAACGACAAAGACGUCAGCAACAAGUCACUACUGUGGCUUCUAGAGAACAUGGACACCAGAAGCGUUCACUUGAUCAUCAAGUUCUCAACUUAUUACUCAUACAGAGCGCUUGUUAUAUUGUUCUAACAACACCACAAGUGGUUAAUUUACUUUACAGUACAGCGUCAAGCACUAUACCCAACAGAACGGCUGAUACUUUGGCCAUCAAUGGACUUCUUGCUUUUGUGGCUGAAUUGAUGCUAUACAUAUUUCCUGUUGCAUCUUUCUAUUUAUACACACUGACUGCACGUACUUUUCGAGGAGAACUCAUCAAAGUUUCCCGUUCAUUACCAAUUCCCGGCAUGAGGUGUGGGGCUAUUCAAAUUGCACCAGUGGAUGACGAUAGCCUUGCAACGCAUCCUCGUCGAAAGACGCACGUAUUAGACGAAUAA